AUAACCGUUAAGAUUUAUUUGCGUAUAUAAGAGAAUAAUAUAAAAUAUGAAGAAACGAUGAAUAAAAUUUCACAUUUUUUGUGUUGUGGAAUUAUUUCAUGAAUCAAGGUUUCAAUAUUUUAAGUUCCACUACAUAAGUUUGUAAUUCAGUUGAUUAGGUUAUUUUUUCAAAUGGAAGAAGCGGCGAUUAAUUCGCCAAAUUCACGUCUAAACGAUAAUGACCAAAUUAAUGAAACAGACGACGAAAAUUCUCGUAUAAAUUAUAAUGACUCAGGAAAUGAACAUGAAAUUCUAUAUGGGGAAUGUACGCCGCAACAGGUAUCAACAAGCAGACAAAUCAAUAAUUCUAUUUUUAAUACUAUAUCUAAAAUUGUUAAUCCCACAGCAAAGGUACCAGAAAUUCAAGAUUUUAAAAUUGUGAAACCAAUAAGUCGUGGUGCAUUUGGCAAAGUUUUUCUUGGACAUAAAAAAUCAAAUCCUGAGAAAGUAUAUGCUAUUAAAGUAAUGAAAAAAAAUGAGAUGAUAAAUAAAAAUAUGGCUUCACAAGUGAUCAUUGAAAGAAAUGCUUUAGCUUUGACACGUAGUCCAUAUUGUGUACAAUUAUUUUAUUCAUUACAAUCUGCUAGUAGUGUUUAUUUAGUAAUGGAGUACAUGGUUGGUGGAGAUCUUAAAAGUUUGCUUGGUGUAUAUGGUUAUAUGGAAGAGUCUAUGGCAGCUUUUUAUACUGCAGAAGUAUGUCUUGCUUUAGAAUAUCUUCAUUCUCAUGGAAUUGUACAUAGGGAUUUAAAACCAGAUAAUAUGCUUUUGUCAAAAGAAGGACAUGUCAAGUUGACAGAUUUUGGGCUUAGUAAUAUAUCUUUGCAUAGAGAUCUUGAAAUAUCAGAUUUAGUUAAUUGUACGCCCAGUCUUUGUACUAGAACUCCUGGACAACUUCUUUCUUUGACAUCACAUUUAUCUUUUGGUUCUGGACAAAGAUCGACAAGUGAAUCUAAUCUUAGUGACAAAAGUACACUUGGUAUUAAUUUACUUUCUGCUUUACAACAAAAUUCAACUAAAUUUCAAUCUUCACCAAAUUCGAUAAUUUCAUCUGCUGCAUCAGGAGAUUAUUCCCGAGUAUCUGGUAUUACCCCUUUUCAAUCUGCAGAAGAUCUUCAUUUAACGGAACGUUUGGAACAUAUUAUUGUUGAAAAAAAAAAUGAAGAUGAUGAAAGUAGCUCUGGAAGUUAUCAUACAUGUGAGGCAUCUUCAGUUCGCGUUAAUAAUCAAUUUAAUCAAAAUUUAGAAGAGGAGGACGAAUCUACAUUAGAAGCAGAUCAAUCUCAACAACUUCUUCCUCAUACUAGUCCAUUAAGUACAUGUACAAAUACGUUUACCAGAGGUGCAAAACGAAAAAGAGCAACAGGAGGAACAACUGGUUUAACGUGUGAAUUAAGUAUAAUGGAUUUGGAUGUUGAUAAAACACCAAAAAGAAAAAAUCGUGGUUGUAUAUUUUCUAGAAGUCCAAUCAAUUCCGUUAUUUCUGAAUCAGUAAAACAAACGAACAAUACUAAUGAUACAGGUAUGGUACAAGAAAGUGGAUCUAGUGGAAGAGUUGCAUUUAGUACACCAGUAUCAUUCACGAAACAGAGAUGCUAUAGUGGAGAAGAUGCAGAAACAUGCGAAGAAGAAACAGUACGUUUGAUUAAAACGACAAGAUUUCAACUUCCACCAGUUCUUACAUCACAUUCAGCUCCUGAGAUACCUAUAGGUGAUAAUUCUGAGAAACAUCGAUCGCCUCAAGUUAUAUCUCCCAUAAAAACACCUGCAACUUCUGGCAAUUGUUACACACCUUACAGAACUCCGAAAUCGGUAAGAAGAGGCGGUCAAGCUGUCAAUCGAUCAGAUGAUCGUAUUCUUGGAACACCUGAUUAUCUUGCACCAGAAUUACUUUUAAAACAAGGUCAUGGAGCUGCAGUGGAUUGGUGGGCUUUAGGCGUGUGCCUGUUUGAAUUUUGCACAGGUGUUCCACCAUUUAACGAUGAAACACCACAUGCUGUAUUUUCUAAUAUUCUUGCUAAAGAUAUUCCUUGGCCAGAGGAAGAAGAAGCUCUGUCAACAGUUGCUGUGGAAGCUAUAGAUGCACUUCUCACUUUAGAUCAAUAUGAGCGUCCUUCUGCACAAGAAGUACGAGUCAUGAAACUUUUUCAGGACUUCCCUUGGAAUGAGCCGCUAAAAGCGACGCCACCUUUUAUACCACAACCUGACGAUAAUUACGAUACAUGUUAUUUUCAAGGUAAUUUUAUAUUAUAUAGUAUAUUACAAAUGAAUGUUAUGAAUUCGAUUUUUGUCUCGGUUCUUUUCUUUAGCACGAAACAUUAUGCAACAUUUAAACGUGAGCAGCUGCGAAACAUAAAAAUCAUAUUGAUGGAAAAAUAGAUAUCAAUUUACAGUUUAUUUUAUGAUUGAAGUAACAUUAUGCAACAUUUAAAUGUGAGCAACUGUAAUACAUAAUCUUCAAAAGAAGAUCAUUUCAAUGCAAUAAGGAAAUAUCAAUAUAUAUGGAUUG